AUGCCCCUCCCCCGCGGUCUCCCCGCGAUCCUCGCGAAAAAUCCUACAGACAUAAUUAUCGCCUCUGCACUACGAACUCCGGUCACCAGGGCUCUCAAAGGCGGCCUCGCAGCUACUCACCCGGAAGAAUUACUUUCUACCGUUCUUUCCGCCACUCUCAACCGUACAAAGAUAUCCCCUUCAGAAGUCAAAGACAUCCUAGUCGGCUGCGUUCUACAAACACUAGGUGGACAGAAGGCAUCAGCGGCAGCUGUUAAACAUGUUGGGUUCCCGAGUACCACGACUGUUGCAACGGUUAAUCGGCAAUGUAGCAGUUCUGCAUAUUCGAUGACAUUACUCGCGAAUACCAUCCGUGCGAAUAUCGAUACUGGAUUGGAUGGGGGAACGGACUGUGCGAUAGCAGCUGGCACGGAAAGCAUGAGCUUAGAUUACUUCCCACACAGGGGGAUUCCAUGGCGGGUUGCAGAAGGGGUGGGGAAGAAGAGUCCCAUACAAGAUGCGCGUGACGUAUUGAUGCCUAUGGGGAUUACAAGUGAGAAUGUAGCGAAGGAAUUGGGUGUUUCUAGGGAGGAGCAAGACAGAUUUGCUAUGGAGAGUCAUAGGAAAGCUGCAGGAGCGUGGGAGAAAGGGUGGUUUGAGGAUGAGGUGGUCGAGGUAAAUGCGAGGAAAUUAGUUAAAAAAGAAGGCGAGGUUGACGCUGAUGGGAAGGAAAUUGUGGAAGAAAGCUGGGAGAUAGUCAAGAGGGAUGAUGGCGUGAGAAAGGGAUUGAAUAUGGAAAAACUUGGGAAUUUGAAGCCGGCAUUCACUGAGGAUGGGACCACAACGGCGGGGAAUUCUUCCCAAAUAUCUGAUGGGGCCGCUGCCGUUCUCCUCAUGACUCGAGCUAAAGCAGAAUCUCUAGGCAUCAAGCCGAUUGGAAAAUACGUUUCAGGUACGGUCAUGGGAGUCUCUCCUCGCCUCAUGGGCAUUGCUCUGGCAGUAGCGGUACCUGAAUUGCUCCGAUUAACCGGUAUCGACAAAUCGGAAGUUGAUGUUUGGGAACUUAACGAAGCCUUCGGAUCGCAGAGUGUCUACUGCAUCAGGGAAUUGGGAAUUGAUCCGGAAAAGGUAAAUCCGAUGGGUGGAGCCAUCGCUUUGGGGCACCCCCUCGGUGCCACAGGAGCGAGGAUCGUCGCUACCCUACUUAACGGGUUGGAAAAGACGGGUGGAAAAAUCGGAGUUUUAUCAAUGUGCGCUUCCACAGGCCAGGGGUAUGCCGGGAUGGUCGUACGAGAGUAA